AUGGGCCCCUGUACCGCCUCCUCAUGCUGCUGCCAGGCCCGUAAUCUGCCAUGGGCCCCCGUACCGCCUCCUCAUGCUGCUGCCAGGCCUGUAAUCUGCCAUGGGCCCCUGUACCGCCUCCUCAUGCUGCUGCCAGGUCCAGAGUGUGUCAUGGGUCCCUGUACGGCCUCCCAUUGCUGCUGUCUCCAUCGCCACACUCUGCCAUGUGCCACUUUCAGGUCUCCUCACACUGCUGGUGGGUUCCAUUUUUGUCAUAGGGUGCUGUAUGGCCUCCCAUUGCUGCUGCCUCCACCGCCACACUGUGGCUCCACACUCUGGUUUUGGCCCCGUGACUGCCCAAAUGAGUGAAGUGUGCGGUGAUUCUAAGAUCGACGGCACUCAUCUGCAUGUCAUACUGACUGACAGUAUUAUUUCUCUUCCCCAGCAGACUCCAAGGGCAUUUAAAUUAAAGGUACAGUGUUCUGCACUAAUAUAA